ACGGGGCGAGAGGAGGACGCAGGUUCGAGAAUGAAUCAGGGCUGCCUUCCCACGUCGCGAAUGUAAGGCACUGCCAACUCCAGCUUAGCCUCUGGAGAUUCAUCAAAGCUUGUGAGACUUUGUGAAGUCUUCUCCCUUAAGGACUGCGACUUCCGUCCCGCCGGAGGCGGAGCUCUUGGGGGCGGGGCUCGGCGUAGCGUAGGGAAAGUGACGGCUAGGGAAGGGGCGAGGCUACGUCACGACUGCUCCGGGGAGUCCGAGCUCGGGCUCUGAGGACUACUGCGGUCAUGUCGGCUUUGAGGAGGCUGAGGCCUUUCCUUCGCGAGGGAGGCCGACGCUUUCUGGAGGGUCCGAGAGAGCAGACAGCUGGACGGGUCACCGGAGGAGUUCGGCAUGGUGGAGGUGGUGUACACAUUGAACCCCGCUACCGGAAUUUUCCAUAUCUGACAAAAUCUCAGGUGUUUAAAGCUGAGCUGUUAAGUGCUACAAUGUGGUUUUGGAUUCUCUGGCGUUUUUGGCAUGACUCCGAUGCUGUAUUGGGUCAUUUUCCAUAUCCAGAUCCUUCCAAAUGGACAGAUGAAGAAUUGGGUAUUCCCUAUGAUGAUUCUGAAGACUUAUAGAGUAAUGUCAUCACCACUACGAGUAGGUGCUGCCAAGCACCUCAUUUCCCAGUAAUUACAAUUACUACUUAAAUUAAAAAAAAUGUUUAAUUGAUGUUUUCUUUUUCAACAUCAUUGUCAUUUCACAAUAAAUAAUACUUCCUGUCCCCCAGUAGAUUUUUUAUUUAUAACAAUGAGUAUAGUGAAGCAGAAUGCUUGGCCACAUCUGCAAAUGUAUGCCUUGUUUCACACCCAUAAAAUACUACCUUUCUUCAGAGAGGUGAGAGGUAUGUGUUACUAUCAGUCCUCCAAAGUGAGGGUUAGACACGGCAUUGAUCAGAGUCCUGAAGUCUUUCAGUGUGGUUUUAUAUUAUUAUCAUUUUGGAAAGUGUCUUCUUGGAUCUGCUUUUUUUGCUCUAUAUUAGUUCAUACAAGUCUCUCAGUUUCUCUGAAUUGUUCAGUCUCUUAUGUUUCAGUAAUAUUCCAUUACAGUCAUAUAACAUGAUUGGUUUAGCUACUUACCAAUCAUUUCACUCAUUUUUCUAGUUCUUUGCUAUUUUAUAAAAUAUGCUGCUAUAAAUAUUUUUUGCAUAUGUAGGAUCUUUUUCUCCUCCCUUGAUGUCCUUGGGGUAUAUGUAUGAUAUUGAUAUCACUGGGUUAAAGGAUAUGUACAGUUUAAUGACUUUUAGGAAAUUUUGGUAAGUAGUUUAGUUUUUGUAAGUUUAGUUUAGUUUAGGAAAUUGUUUUCAAGAAUUAACCAAUUCACAGCUUCACCAAUACAGUACUAAUGUGUCUUCUGGCAACCCUUCUUAUCAGUUAUUUCUAUUUCUGCCAGCCUUCCUGGUGACAUCUCAGUUAUUUUAACUUGCAUGUGUCUUGUAUUAGUAAUUUGGAGGGUCUGCUCAUAGGUUUGUGAUAGUUUGCAUUUUUUUAAGACAACCUGGCUCUUAUUUUUACAUAGUUGUCCCUAAAUAAAUACCUUGAAUAACAACUCUUUAAUAGAUAUUUACUAUAAAAACUUUCCCCAGUUAAUUGCUUCCCUUCUAAGUGUAAUUGUUGAUUAUGUUUUUGCAAAAACUUGUUGAUGUUACGUAGUCAGAAUUGUUCAUUUUGUGUAUUGCGAUUCUCUAUUCCUUGUUUAAGGAUUGUCUCCCUGGCCAUAAUUAUGGCAGGCAUCUCCUUCCAUUUUCCUCUAGUUUUUCUAUGAUGUGACCAUUUUCCCUUUGGUCAUGUGUCCACUGGGAACUUCUUGUGUUCCAUGAUGUAUACAAUUAACUAUUGAGGGAUAUGCUCCCCUCUCUUCUUGAGAUGAUCCUUCAGAACCAGCCCUGAAGCUGAAUGAAGUAUCUCAUUUGACUUCUGCUUCCCUUUGCAUUUCUUUUUUCUGCUCCAGCCUGAGCUCUCCCAUUUUGUGUAAGUAUUUUUCAUUGGUUAUUUCCUUAGUUUGGAUCUGUCCUUUUAAAAAACACUCAGUUGUGCUAGAAUUCUGUCUUUCCCUUGUUACUCUGAUGGCUGCAGAUCUGCAGCAUUCCACCAUCUGCCUUUGGUGGUAGAAGCCUAGAGUUCCAGUCACAUGGAAAACAACUUAUUAAAAUGUGCCUCAUUGAACAGUACAGAAAGUCAGGAGGAUCUUCUCCUUUUUUUUCCCAUUUGAAUAAGUUUACUUAGUCAAUUUAGAACAUUAUUCCUUGGUUACAAUAAUCACAUUGUUUCCCUCCCUCCCCUCUACCCACUCUUCCCGCAGCCAACGGAUCUUCUCCUUUUUUAAAGUGAGGCUACUGAAGAUUCUGUCCUCCACUCCUGACUCCCAAAUAACAACACUUUCAGGCUAUAUUUCUAGGAUUUAGCAAAGAAGUCUUUUUCAGCACUCACUGAACAUUUGUGGUGUGCUAGCUAAUUACUAUAAAAAUUUAAACACAUAACAAAAUUUGGUGUUGAUCCAGAUCUAAGGCUCUAAAAUAUUUCAGAGGCAGAGUAAAUUAAUUACGUGUUUGUCUCUUCAGGAUUUUGAAGGUGGAAAUAGCUAAAAUUUAUAUAGGGCUUUGAAGUUUGCAUAGCACUGUGCGUGUUAUUUCAUUUGACACAACAAUCCUAUGAGGUAGAUGCUGUUAUCUUCAUUUUAUAUAAAGGAAACUGAGGCUGAGAGAGAUUAAGAGACUUUCACAGAGUCACACUAGUAAUUGUGUGAGGUAGGAUCUUCCUCAUUCCAGGUCCAACACUUCUACUUCUAGGUACAGAGGGAUUAUGUUUUCACUUUUUGGGUCUCUUAUAUGAAAAGAAAUAGUACUUUUGGUGGGAGGUCUGAGGGGCAGUUUCUGUGAUUUCCUGGAGGUGACAUUUCAGAAAGAAGUUGAACUUCUUUCACAACUUGCCUCAGGAAAGAUGCAAGAUGUUCUCCAUUGCCAUGGGUAGAAUGGAAUGUAGUAAAUAUGCUGUGGUGAAUCGCAGACUGAAAGAGAGGAGUAGCUGUCCAUAAUCUUCCAGAAGGAGCCUUCCAGAAGGGCUUGUUUGAAACCCUUUAUCAGAGUUUCUAGCUUUUGUGCUAAGGGGUCCUGCUUCCUUCGGUUUUCCAGAACUGAGUAGACUGUGAGAGAUUUCCCUCAGGCUAUAGAGUAGUUUUUACAUAAGAGAGGAAGAAAUAAAUUACUGUAAAUACUGGUGUGCAAAGUUAUAACUUAUUUUCCUUUAUUUCCAGUGAAUAUAGGAAUACACGGGGGCAUAACUUUCACACAUAACCAAACAGUAUCGACAAUUUUUCUAGCUUUCCAGUUGAAUUAGGGGGACUGGAGCAAGUAAUAUAAUAAUACCUCUCAGCAAGAAAUUCUUGUGGCAAAGUGGGCAUCUGAGAAUGGGUAUGUUAGGAAUUUGGGGGGACGGUUCAACUCUUGAGCCCUUUGUAGAGAUAGUCUCAUCUAUGGUGCAGACUCUGUAUUAAGAUUCACUUGAAGAUGGGUUUGGGGUAAACUGACUACAUUUCUACCAGCCCCUUUUAGAUGAAGGGACAGGAAAAAGAUUUCAGAAGUCAGCUACUCUAGGGAAAUUAGGUAGCACAGUGGAUAUUGCCAGGCCUGUAAUGGAGAGAGAGACCCUGGGUUCCUGGGUUCAAAUAUGGCCUCAGACACUUCUUAGCUGUGUUACUCUGGCCAAGUCACUUAACCCCCAUUAAAGAAAGUUAAAAAAAAAUCAGCUAUUCUUCACCACAGAGGGAGUGGGAUACAUGAUUACUAUAGCAACAGUGUGUAUAGUCACAAAGAAAUUAUACAUAAUUCAGUGUCUGCAACAUUUUCUUGGACACUGAAAAAAUGAGACUGUUCCAGUCUUAGACAUUUUGGUCACCUUCUAUUAGAAUUCCUGUAGCCUUAGCCAGUUCUUCCCUUCUUGACCUCCAAUUAGGCACUAUGUGACAUUUUGGAACCUCAUCAUAUCCUCUUGAAUUUUCCUUUACUUUGCAUGUAUAUAUAUAUACCUUGUUUCCAUAAAAAUUGUGAGCUCAGUGAUUUUUUAAAAAAUUAUGAACUUAAACACCAACAAAAUGUUCACAUGUUAAAAAAAAAUAAAGACACUUGUAUUUGAAACUA